AUGUCCGGCGACGAUAUCAACCUGAGCAACAAUCCCUUUGUGCCACCCCAAGGCGAACGGUGUCCCAUCAAUGACCUGCCUCCAGAACUACUCGACCACAUCUUCUCCCUUGGCUGGGUCGCCGACCGCGACCAUGAGGACGACGACGACGACUUUGAAGACGUACCGUCGGACUCUGACUCCGAUACCUCCUCCUUUGUAUCUUCUCAUUCCGACGGUUCUGGGGGAGACGAUCCUGUCCGGCGCCAGAAAGCAGAGGAACGGUUACUCCGCCGCUUGCCCUUCAACACCCUGGUCUCGCAGAUCUGCAAGCGGUGGCGCACAGCUGCCGUUUCGAAUGCCUUGCUGUGGAAUCACAUCGAUUUCACCGGAGAGCCGCCGUUCGAAAAGGCAUACACCUACCUGGAACGCGCGAAACAGUCGCCGUUGUGGAUACGAAUCAACCCUGACUUGGAUGAAGACGACGACGGAAACGACAGAGACGACGAACCGAGCAGCCUAGGCGAGAUCAUGGAAACCGUGCUGGCACACAUGGACCACUGCUACUCGCUCUUCGUCAAUGUAUCCUACUACCCGCAAAUGCACUUCGUGCUUAGGAGUCUUGGCAUGUGUCCAGGCGCUCCGCUCCUCGAGGUCCUCCAGCUUGAGCACGACGACGAAGGCGGAGGCGAGCACGAGCUUUUCGAGCACGCGGCGCUCAAAGUGCAGGACUUCGUCCUCUUCCACGGCCACGCCCCGCGCCUGCACGUCGUCUCCCUCUGGGGCGUCCACCUCCCCUGGGCGCGCGACAAGUCCCCGUACCUCGCAGGCCUCACCGACUUCCAGCUCGCGUACCACGCCCGCGAGGUCCGCCCGACCUUCCUCGAGUUCGCCGGCAUCCUCCACGCCUCUCCCGACCUCCGCGUCCUCAGCCUCUCCACCUCCGGGCCCAGCGGCGACCCCGCGGAGUGGCCCAAAGGCAUGCCCAACCCCGCCGCGCUCCCUUCGCCCGCUGCCGACUCGCCCGCCGCCGCGGCCCCGCUCGUGCUCGCGCGCCUCGAAGAGCUCCUGCUCAACUGCGUCGAUUCCGCCCGCGCCCUCGCGCUCGUCCAGCGCCUCCGCCUCCCCGCGCUCACCUCGCUCGCGCUCGACUUCGAGGACGACGACGCGAACGCGUUCAUGCGCUACCUCGGGUCCCCCGAGUCCGUCACGUCCGACUCCGCGUCCGCCUCCGAGCGCGCGCCCGGAGGGGGGCCGCCGCUGCCGAAGAAGAGCGUCCUCGCGGGCCUCGCCGCGCUCAAGCUCGUCGAGUUCCACCCGGACACGGACGUGGCCCUCAUCGAGAUCGUGCGCGACCUCGCCGCGCUCGAGGCGCUCAACGUCGACCUCCAGUACGGGCCUGAGGAGGCGUGGCUGGACGUGCUCGCGCUGCGCCCGCCCCGGCCCGGGGCCGCUCAGGUCGAGGGGCAAAGAGAGGAAGGGGAGGUGCUCCUGCCUCGCCUGACGACGCUCACGAUCGCGAACGGGGACUACGACGUGGUGCGGGAGAUCGUCGAGGGCCGGAUCGCCGCGGGGGUGCCGCUGAAGCGGCUGCUCCUGGAGCAGGACAUGCUGCUGCAGGAAGAGGAGGAGGCGUGGCUGAGGGAGCACGUGGACGUGCUCGAGUUCUUCGACAACGAGGAGCAGACGGAGGCCGGGAUCGAGAACGAGGACCACGCAUUUGACGACGAUGUAGAAUUUUGGGUGGAUAUGGAUGAUCUCGACGAGGAUGACGACGAGGACGAGGAAGAGGAAGAGGAAGAGGAAGAAGACGAGGACGAGGCGGAUGAAUGA